AUGAAUGAAAGCCUUAAUGACAGUGACACCAGCUUCUCCCAGCCUUGGAUCCAGUCCAGCGAUGUCAACGCUUCCCUGGAGUUGUCUGCAUUCUUCUCAUUGUUUAUCAUCAACCCGUGGGAUAUUAUGCUCUGUAUCUCAGGGACUAUUAUUGCCUGCGAGAAUGCAAUCGUGGUGGCCAUCAUCUUCUACACCCCAACACUGAGAACCCCUAUGUUUGUGCUGAUUGGGAGCCUGGCCACAGCAGACCUCCUGGCUGGGUUUGGCUUAAUCUUAAAUUUUGUAUUUCAGUAUGUGAUCCAGUCAGAGACUAUCAACCUUAUCACAGUGGGGUUCCUUGUGGCUUCUUUCACAGCUUCAGUGAGCAGCUUAUUGGCCAUCACUGUGGACCGUUACCUCUCACUGUACAAUGCACUGACUUACUCUUCAGAAAAGACAAUCUUAUGGAUUCAUCUCAUGCUGUUUGUCACCUGGGGGGUGUCCAUAUGUCUAGGUCUCCUUCCAGUGUUGGGCUGGAAUUGUCUAGAUGACAUCUCAUCAUGCAGCAUCGUCAAGCCUCUGACCAAAAGUAAUGUGACUUUGUUAUCCACCUCCUUUUUUUUCAUCUUUAUUUUAAUGCUCCAUCUCUACAUAAAGAUCUGCAAAAUAGUCUGUAGACAUGCUCACCAGAUAGCACUACAGCAACAUUUUCUCACAGCAUCUCAUUAUGUAGCCACAAAGAAAGGAGUAUCCACGCUGGCCAUCAUACUUGGGACUUUUGGUGCCAGUUGGUUGCCUUUUGCUAUUUACUGUGUGGUAGGAGACCAUGAAUACCCAUCGGUGUACACUUAUGCUACCCUCUUACCUGCCACUUACAACUCAAUGAUCAACCCUAUAAUUUACGCCUAUAGAAAUCAAGAAAUACAGAGGUCCAUGUGGGUUCUUUUCUGUGGCUGUUUUCAAUCCAAAGUGUCCUUUCGCUCCAGGUCACCCAGUGAUGUUUAA